GUUGUAAUGCAAGUGAUCUGCUGUCUUCCCCACAUUGUCCUCCUGUGUACCUUAUUGUAACAGGAAACCGCUGCCCCCUGUUGUGUUGUUUUGCUGCUGUUUUAUUUGAUAUUCAAACAAAUGUACAUUUCAUUACAAAUAAGAAAAGAGAUAUAUUUUAUUCUAUAAUUAAUGCUUUGAAUUUAAAGCAUAGUAAAUCUGCGUUUAUUUAUUGUGUUUUCUAAGAAGUAUAUAGAGAAAAAUUGCAGAUGGUCUCCACUGCCCUGGGGAAAAUGGAGGAGCCCUUCAUUUAGAUUUAUGUUUGUCAGCAAUGGAUAACACGCAGCGUCAUUAUGCUCUCUGUUGUUUUUUAAAUAGACAGUGACUAUACUGUCCUCAAAAUUGAACUGAAAUACCAGUGUUGUUGUUUAAAGGAGUGGUCUUCAUUAUUUUAAUGUCUUUUUAUUUGGAGCCGGUGUGUAUAAUUGUGAUAGAUGACGGUUUUAUGCGGCGAAACAGACAGGAAUUAACAUGUUAGAGCAUGAGGAGGAGUCUCAUUUGUUCCCAUAAACCAGGUACAGUGAUGUAAUCCAGUGGAAUGUGUAUGACUGAUGAGAGUUAUUUACUUGGAUUUCUUGUGCUUUUUUUGCCCUCUAACUGAAAUAAUUUUCUUUUUGUUUGGCAUUGGCUUGUGCAUAGUCCCGUGGGACUUCAUUCUUGGCAGUGCUGGGGUUUAAUCUCUUUAAUUAUAUGAGGGAAAUUUGAUUUUUUCCAUUUGAAAUCUCAAAACGAGGUUGUGCCCAACGACAUGCAAAGGUCAAAUGAACAAUUCUGCCGAAUACGUUUAUACAAGUUUGUUUCUGACAUUAGUCAAUUUUGGGGCGUUGGUGUUGAGGAGCUCGCUUCUUUAAUUUGUCAUCUAGUAUGCACGUGCAUAUAAACAGACAUCUAUUAAAACAGUUUCGCACUUAAUGGCCAAGAACUCAUUCUAACGUGUGCCAUUCCUAGUGUCUAAACGUUAUGAAUAACGACACAGCCUCACAAGAAACCGGACGGAAUCGAAGUCGCUCCUAUGCCUUCUAGUUGAUUCCGAUGGGAACGCGUCGACGUAGGAGGCAAAGCACCCGGCGUUGCGUUGAAAGGCUCGUGGCUCUUUCUGGGAAACACGGGCCGGUGGAGGUUCAUUUCACAUCGGCAAUCCUCGGUCAUUUAAGACCUCAUCUUAUGCCUGCACGAGCGGCAGCUCGACGCGCUCGAGGGGGUGUUUCUGCAGAUGUGGCGGAGGAAGGCACCGGGAUGGGCAGCUGCAAGAGAGUCUCCAACUGGACCGUGGAGGAGGUGCACGUCUGGGCCACAGCUCAGUACCCCUCCAGCCAAGCCACCUUCCGGCAAGCAGUCAGCAGCCAUGCCAUCUCAGGCCGGGCCCUGCUGAGGAUGAGCGAGCAUCAGCUGGAGCGGAUGGGGGUGGGAGCGAAGCAGCAGAGGGAAAUCCUCCGGGACAUUCUGCUGCUGAGAGUUCGAGAGGAGCUGGAGAACCUCAACGACAUCUUCGUGGAAUGCUUCUCCUCCUGACCAGAAGAAGAGACCCGAGUUGUGCUUAUUUGUUCUUGCGUGCAGAGAAGAGAAGGAGGAGGGAAGCGGCUUUCAGAAUCAUUGACCUGAAGAAGACUGUGAGAUUGGUUUUGCCACCGUGCUAUUUCUCCGAAUCAAGCCCCUGUGUGUUUUCCCCCACUCGAUGUAGCGCUACCAGUCUUUUUUUUUUAUUUUUUUUUUUACAAUGCUCAAUGGACUAUCCAGCUGCAAUCGUGAUUGGAAAACAUCUCUUCGCAUUUACCAGGGGGAUAGCCCCGCAUCUCUCGUCUGGACAAAAUGCCGCUAUCGAAUAAUCAGAGCUGAUUGGAGGUGGCUAAUAGCCGGCUGUAUUGCCCUUGUGAGACCCCGUGUGUAUUAGUUAAAAUGGGAGAGUAAGUCAAUUAGGCUUGAGAUUCAUGCAGCCGCAAUUGAAGACAAUUUAACCGACGGCCAAAUACAGCUGCUUACCUAUUAUGCCUUACAAGGGAAUGUGAAUGAGAAAUAUUUUUUUUAUGGGACCUGUUUUUGGCGAGGUCUGAAUCUGCUUUCAGCGCUGUGGAAUUUUUGUGGGAAAUGUCGCAUGUGCAUAUCCCUGUUUUGUGCUACAGGAUGGGGAGUUGUUGUUCACUCAACAGCGUGUUUAUCUAGUGUGUUAAAUCACCAUCCUCGUUCAGCAGUGCUGUUAUGUUGAGGUUUUAUUUAGCAAUUGGUUAUUUUUGCCCAUUUAGACAAUUUGAACAUUGUUUUUGUUUCCAUUAGGCAAUUCAAUCACAAACUUGCGAAUAUCUGAACAAAUUAGAUUUGCUCCAUAAAAAUCGACAUUUCGAUGUUUUGAUUUUAAGUUUUGUGUCCUUACAAAUUUCAGUCUACUCAGAAGCCUUACAGAAAAAGUGACUGAUUGCAGUAGAAUAGUAGUUUAUAAUAUAUAAUGGGGUUUAAUCCUCAAACUCUAUUUUUCUGCAUAUUGUAGAGAUGUUAACAUUUGUUGAGCAUACCAAUAUCCAGUGCACUUAAUCCAUUCAUAUUUUAAAUUCCUGGAGUUUUUCGCAGUCUAUUUGCCAAGUUUGAGGUGCAGUCAUAACAAUAGCAUAUUUGUUUUAUUAUGUUUGGAGAAUGUCUGUGAUUUUCAGUAAUUGAUUUUCUACGUAAAACAUGAUUUAUUUUCAUAUGUAAAUCUGUCUGUGAUUGUGCUGUCUUGAUAAUCUUGAUCAUAUAGCACUUGGUAUUUUAUUUUUUAUAUACAUUUUUAUUAACAGAAAUACCUAUAUAUAUAUAUGAUUCAUUUAUUGCCCUAUAAAGACAGUGGAACCCCCAAUGAAAAAUCACUUCAUUUCCUGAAAAUAAGAUGAUGUGUCACAUGUAGAGCCACAAAAAAAGUAUUACAACAAUACAGACUGAAUUAUAAUAAAGGCCUUCAUUCUUAA